AACAAAACUGAACAGAGUAUGGCCAUGCUCCCAAAAUCUGGUGGCCUCAAGAACCGACACACCUUUUCAGCCUUCAUUUUCCUUCUCCUACUCCUCCUCACCAUCUUCUUCUUCAGCAAACGAGUUCUUGAACCUUCCCUCUCCCUUUACAGAGAUCCCAACUUUCAAUCCACUUCUCUCUCUUCGGAGGAAUUCGCAGUUCCUGUAGUCACGUUGGAUCUUCUGGCUGAUCCACCGGUUAAUGAAGCUUCUCUUCAACAACCCGUUUCCCCAAUUCCUGAACCUAUAUCGAGAACAGAGCCAAAGACAGAGUCAUCUUCUGAUGUCAAGGAUGAGAGCUCAAAUGGUGAAUUUAGUUCAGGGGUUAAUGUGGGUCUCCCAAUUGAGACGAAUUCGUCGCCGAAAAAGGUGCCAAAAAUGUGUGAUUUCUACAGGGGUAUGUGGGUUAAUCACAACGACUACCCACUCUAUCAGCCGAACGGUUGCCCUUAUGUAGAUGAAGCUUAUAGCUGCCAAGAAAAUGGAAGGCGUGACUCGGAGUAUAUGAAAUGGAGAUGGAAGCCUGAAGGUUGUGACCUUCCCAGGUUUAAUGCAACAGACUUCCUGGAAAGACUUAGAGGUAAAAGGUUGAUGCUGGUUGGAGACUCCAUGAACCGCAAUCAGUUUGAGUCAAUCAUCUGCCUCCUGCGUGAAGGGUUAUCUAAUAAAAGCAGAAUGUAUGAGGCUUAUGGACAUAAAAUAACUAAAGGGAGAGGUUACUUUCUCUUCAAAUUUAUGGACUAUAACUGUUCAGUGGAGUUUGUUCGCUCACAUUUCCUUGUCAAGGAAGGGACCCGUGUUAAUGGUCAGGGGAAUUCAAACCCAACCCUAUCGAUAGAUAGAAUUGACAAGACUUCAAAUCGAUGGAAGCAUGCUGACAUCCUUGUCUUUAAUACUGGGCACUGGUGGACUCAUGGAAAGACUGCUAGGGGGAAGAAUUACUAUAAAGAAGGUGAUUUUCUCUAUCCUCGGUUGGAUGCUAUUGAGGCUUACAAGAGAGCCAUGAAGACUUGGGGAAAGUGGAUUGAUCAGAACAUUAAUCCAGCUAAGAAAUUGGUCUUUUACCGGGGAUAUUCUUCUGCCCAUUUCAGAGGUGGAGACUGGGACUCUGGUGGGACAUGUCAUGGUGAGACACAACCCAUUUUGAGUGGAGCUUUCCUUGAUAACUAUCCUCUGAAGAUGAAGAUUGUGGAGGAGGUUCUCCGUGAAAUGCGAGUCCCUGUGGUACUUUUAAAUGUGACAAGAAUGACAAAUUUCCGCAAGGACGGACACCCAUCAAUUUAUGGCAAGAAUCAGACGGGAGUGCGAAAGGUCUCAAGGAGGCAGGACUGCAGCCAUUGGUGCCUUCCAGGAGUCCCAGAUGCAUGGAAUGAGCUGAUAUACUCAAAACUUAUUUUACAGAAAAUGAUUUCAUCAGAUUAGAAGUCAGUUCUGUAUGUUCUCAUUCCAA